GCUCUAGCGGACCUGUUCCAUGUCAGUUUACAUUGAGACUUCAAGAGCGAUGGACUUUAAUAACAAAGUAGUUAUUAUAACCGGUGCGAGCUCCGGCAUUGGAGCAGCGACAGCUAUAGCGUUCGCGAAACAAUCCGGAAAAGUUGUUCUUGUGGGAAGAAAUGAAGAAGCCUUGAAUUUAAAUGCAAGCAAAUGUGAAGACGCCAAAGGAAUAAAGCCUUUAAUAAUCAAGGCUGAGUUAACUAACGACGAAGAUGUGAAAAGAGUAAUAUCAACGACUAUAGAAAAAUUUGGACGGAUAGAUGUUUUAGUUAACAAUGCAGGCGUUGGAAUAAGUGGAAGUAUUAGAGAUGGAAUAGAGCCACUUGACCUCGCUAUUUCUACAAAUGUACGUCCUGCAUAUUUAUUGGCUAGCCUUGCUACGCCAUAUCUUGUACAAUCUAAAGGAAAUAUCAUCAACGUUUCUAGUAUAGCAGCGUUCAAACCAAUUAAAGACGUGGAAUUCUUACCGUACUGCAUGUCUAAGGCAGCUUUUGAUCAAUUCACGAGAUGCCUUGCAUUGGAACUUGGAAAAGAUGGUGUUCGUGUGAACUCAGUCAACCCUGGUGCAACGAAGACUAAUUUCAUGGCAGCUUGUGGUUAUAAUGAAGACCAAAUAGAAGAAAUAUUUAAAAUUCGCGAACAGAGUGUUCCACUUCUUAAAAUGGUGAAAAGUGAAGAGGUCGCUGAUCUUAUUCUUUAUUUAGCUAGUGAUCGUGCGUCAAGUAUAACCGGAUCUACGUUUGUUAUUGACAACGGUGAAAUGUUAAUGUGAUUAUGCAAUACUUGAUAACCUCUUGCUUGUAAUC